AUGGCCAAAACAAAGAAUUCUGUAGCAAGUCAGCCACAAAACUCGACAUCUCUUACCACGUUCACUUUAUUUCCGAAGCUUUUCCCGGAACUUCGAUCAAAGAUCUGGGAGCUGGCGAUCUUCAACGACCCCAGAAAUAUCAUUAUUGGGAAAUAUCGGCCAUGGAAGGAACGAGAAGGCUACCCAAGAUGGAGCGAAGACUUCGGAUAUAAGUGCACAAGCACUGUACCGGCGGUCCUUCGUGCUUGCACGGAAGCUCGCACUCAAGGAUUGGAGUAUUACAAGCUGUUGGAGUGGGUUCCGGAAACUUCGAAGGGAAAAGCGCGAUUGGUUACAGUACCUGAGCAUCCGGCCAGAACGUACAUAAACUGGAAAGUUGACAGGAUCGUCAUAGACCACGUCGAGGAUUUUUGGACCAAUAGUUUGUGUGUCUCUGAUUAUAAGGUUGGAAAGGUACAUAACUUCAGGAAACUUCAUGAUGAUGACCGGAGUGCUGCGUACGAUCUUGCCCAGAAAUUCAUCGAGAAUGGCGUGAAGUUUUUGGCGGUCGAUACGGGAAAUGAUUCGGAUAGAAUUAAAUUCUUUUUCGAGCGCGUCUAUCCCUGGGGAUGUCCGGUAGAAGAACUCAUCUUCUUCAGUUCUGGACAGACGAAGUUCACCUCUAGAUUUCUCCGAACCUGGGGGCUAGACAGAUAUUGCCGUGGAGUACUUUUCGUCAAUCAAAAUCCCCUCACCCUCUUCUCCAUCGCGCAGAAAGAAAAAAGACCUCUCUAUACCUGUGCACCUAUGGUGCGCUAUAGUAAACUUGCUUUUCGAGAAACAGUCGCGCAGUAUGGAGUUGAUCUUUGUUGGACCCCGAUGAUUUUGGCAAAAGAAUUUAAUCGCAGUGUUUUUGCACGUGAUUCGGAUUUCACAACCUCCCCCACCUCUGGCCCAACCAUCGCCCAAUUCGGCGUCUGUUCCCCUCUCGAAAUCUCCCGCUCCACCACCCUCCUCGCCCCUACGUAA